GCUCGAGAUUUCCCAAAGCUUGAUGGGCGGGGCUGUUGGCUCCGUGGGAUGUUUGUAACGGAGAGGGAGGAAGGAAGCGCGCGAGAUGCAACCAAAUCCUUUUAAGGAAGGUGGAUCUCGCGACGGCUGAUACGAGAGGGCUCUCCCUCCCUCCUCUGUGUCUGGGCUGUCUCUUCAGUCGACACGUUCGGACAGCUUGCGGAGGGGGAGGGGAUUGGUGGGAGUUGUUUCCCCACCUCCUCCGCAUUCUAGAGAGACCUAAUCGUCGUCGUUGCGGCAUCGUUAGCCUACAGUGUUUGCGCCAGUGCGGGCGUCACAGCAGUGGAGGGAGAGGGACGCUUUCGCGGGCGCCUUCUUUUCUUCCAAGGCGCAGGAACUUGCAGGACAUCCACAAGAGACCAGAUGGUUGAAAGCGAGAGCCACAUAGCUCUUGCCCUCCUGCCUAUGUAUUCGGAAUCUUACCUAUUUUGAAGUAAUAUGGAUGAAGUCAUGCAAACAGCCUCCAGUCAUUAUAAUCAGAAAAUAGCUCAACAGAUCAAUCUAAAACUUGACAGUUUACAAGAAGUUGGCUUGAGGAUGGUCCUCACAGAAGAUGAAGUGGUUACACUGUCUUAAAUGAGGAAUUCAUUCAUCAUCAAAGAGAGAUGGACAUUGAAUAGUUAACUGUAUAGAGAGAGAAGACUUGAAGAUUUUUUGGGUGUAGCUAGCUUGGGAAGUGACGUCUUAUACCAUUUGCUGUUCUAGAAGAAGCAAAGACACGUAGUGCAAUUGGGAGUGCUCUACCACUGUGUAUAUUUAUCUGUAGAAAAUAAUUAGGGAGGGGGAGAAAGCGAUGAGUACUUUGCCUGCUGCUUAAUACAGCUACAGCUCUUGUGACGUCUGGUUACCCGUUUCCAGCUGUGUUGGAUAGGUGAAAUAUAGGACUCUUUUAUAUCAAAGGAAAUAAACUUUUGAACCGUCGACAUGGGAAAGGAUUAUUAUUCUGUUCUUGGAAUUGAAAAGGGGGCAUCGGAGGAAGACAUCAAGAAAGCCUACCGAAAGCAAGCCCUUAAAUGGCAUCCGGAUAAAAACAAAUCCCCUCAUGCAGAAGAAAAAUUCAAAGAAAUUGCAGAAGCCUAUGAGGUGCUGAGUGAUCCCAAAAAACGAGAGAUUUAUGAUCAGUUUGGAGAAGAAGGUCUGAAAGGAGGAGCUGGAGGACCAGAUGGGCAGGGUGGUACCUUCCGGUACUCCUUUCAUGGAGACCCACAUGCCACAUUUGCAGCAUUUUUUGGUGGAGCGAAUCCUUUUGAGAUAUUUUUUGGUAGAAGAAUGCCUGGUGGUAGGGAUACUGAAGACAUGGAAGUGGAUGGAGAUCCAUUUGGUUCCUUUACUACUUUUAAUAUGAAUGGCUUUCCAAGGGAACGAAACACGGUUGGUAGCCAACCCCGACGUAAGCAAGAUCCCCCUGUCAUUCAUGAACUGAAGGUAUCACUGGAAGAAAUUUAUCAUGGUUGCACAAAAAGAAUGAGAAUUUCACGGAAGAGACUCAACCCAGAUGGCAGAAGUGUCAGAACAGAGGAUAAAAUCCUUACUAUUGAUAUCAAGAGAGGAUGGAAAGAGGGUACCAAAAUUACAUUUCCCAAAGAGGGUGAUGAAACACCUAAUACAAUCCCAGCCGAUAUCGUGUUUGUUAUUAAAGAUAAAAUGCAUCCUCACUUCAAGAGAGAUGGUUCAAAUAUUGUGUACCCUGUCAAGAUCAGCUUAAGAGAGGCUUUAUGCGGCACUUCAAUCAAUGUACCGACAAUAGAAGGUCGAACCAUACCUAUGACAGUAAAUGAAGUUGUAAAGCCUGGGAUGAGAAGAAGAAUUAUAGGAUAUGGCUUACCAUUUCCAAAAAAUCCUGACCAACGAGGUGACUUAAUUAUAGAAUUUGAAGUAACCUUCCCUGACAGUAUAGCUCCAGCAUCAAAAGAAGUGCUCAGGAGAAAUCUUCCUGUUUCAUAAGAAAUCAGUUUCACUGGACUGCUCCACUUCACUUAAAACUGAAGACUUUCAGGUUUAUGCUAUAAAAGUGCAAUCUUUAACUGUGGAACUUUUAUCUUGUGUGGGGGUGGGAAAGGUAAUUAUGCAGUGCUGCAUGAGAAUAGGAGGAAACAUACAGAGGAUUUGCAAUCAAUUAUAAAGCUAAAACCACUUGCUGUGUAUCAGGGCUUCUCUUUCAGAACAUUUUAUCCAAUAUUUUGCUUACGUGUAAAAUGUAAUGGGGAGCUCCUGUGGGGCAUAUAUAAUAAAGUGCUUAACCUUCAAAGCACUUUAUAUCAGAUGUUUCUUCAGCUACGUAGGGUAUUAUAUUAACACUAUCAGAAAUCAGAAUUUGUGAUAUGAAUAUUUGUAAGGUUUGCAGUAUUUACGUUGUAUGUUUAAUUGUUGGGCUCUGUUUAUAUUGCACACAGCGGAAGGCAGGAAAGGUCACUUAAAAUGUUCAUAAACCCAAAGACAUUAAGUUUUUUUCUGCAUUAUUGGAGAUGUUUAUGGAUUCCUUUGCUCAGUUCUAUGUUAGUGAGUUUACUGGUCCGAUAGAAAAUAGACACACUGUUCCAAAGUUCUGGGUUUAACAGAUUUCCAGAUAGAAGCAGCUACAGAUAAGAUAUAUUUAAUAUCCGUGACAACAUACAGUAUUUAGAGGAAAAGCCAUUUGAGCGAUUAUUAAGACACUUGGCCUUUGUCAAGCACAAUGUCAGUAAUUCACAAGUGUGAUCCUCUUACAGGUUCUGUAAACAUUAAGUGGCUGUAACAGAGUCAAAAAAGGACUUGUAGCCCUGUCAUGAAUUAUUUAAGGGAAGAGCAAGCAAGAAAAUACCCAGUUGGAGUUUUCCAAAACUGUCCAUAGGGCCGGUGCUUUUGGAUGGAAAAAUAAGACUACUAGACAUGCUUUCAGCAUUUGCCCUUUAAAUAUCUUCUAGUAUGCUAAUAUUUGUAAGUCAUUUUUGUUCCUAAGAAAAUAUGUAUUUUUAUUUACAGACAGAUCUGCGAGAUAAUUGUGCAGUUAACCAACACUCUGUGCUUCUUUAGAGGAACGUAAUAUGCACUAGCACAUCUAAAACCCCAAACAGUUUUAUCAAUCCUGUGGAUGGUAGUAGGUGAAUCAUAUUAGAAAUUGCACACAAUUAAGAUAACUGGUUUUUGUUUUGUUUUUUUACAAUUCAAUGCAAGGAUGUAAAAAAAUGAAAAAUAUUAAACCAGAAAGGAUCUAGAAUGCUGUUCAUGACAUUGUAAAUGAGAAAGUAGAAAAAUUAAUGCUUUUCUUUACAUAUAUUGUUAAUGCAUUUUAAAAUCCUUUAUGGUCUGUAUUGCAUUUCUUAUGUUUUUUAAUUAAAACUAUUGUUUCUAAA